UAUCGCCAGUGUGGGGUACGUGCAGAGCCUCGAAGAGCUCCGCGCGCCAUCGGUUUUGGGAGCUUCAUGACAUUGAUCUCGACGUCAGAACGAUCAAACAACCACUUCCUGACACAUCGCUCAACUGCCCGCCCCAAAUCCCAUUAGAUUCAUCCUCGAAUAUUCGACACGUCAUCGCGCCCGCCCCGACUGUGCAUGGCACUGCAACAAUGUUCUCCAGCACGCUGCGCGCUGCCAGCAAACGCCGCGGAUUAGCACCCAGUCACAGGCCGAUACUCAAACGAUGUUCGAGAUGCCAGUCGUCCGCAAACUUCAUGACCAAUACUCCUGUCAAGGCCCGCAACAGCCCGACAUGGCGCCCAGUCAGUGUACUGGAUGAAUGGGUGGCCAAAGAGGCACGCCCCAUUAGCCUGCGGCAGCUGAUGGUGUUCGGGAGGUCAUUGACCGAGGCCCGUCUCAUCAGCUCUGCGAAUUAUGUUCGAACCGAAUUACCGACGAGAAUAGCGCAUCGCAUCCGGGACAUGCAGCAACUGCCUUACGUUGUUGUCGAGAAUCCCCACAUCAAAGACGUCUAUAAUCUAUAUUACAAUGCAUUCGAUACAUUCCGCAAGGUGAAGGAGAUCAAGACGCUGGAUGACAACGACAGACUCUGCGAAAUCAUCAGCGACAACUUGAAGAAACAUCUUACUGUGAUCCCAAAGCUGGCCAUGGGUAUCCAUGAGUGCGAGGGACUGUUUGACGCAAAAGAGAUGGACCGUUUCAUGAACACCAUACUCAAGUCCCGAAUAUCCCGCCGCGUGAUCGCCGAGCAGCAUCUCUCCCUCUCUGAGACAUAUAAUUCGCCUCACUUCUCGCCGGGCGCAAAGCUUUCCGAAUCCGACUUUAUUGGCGAGGUCUUUAUCAAAUGCAAUGCCAAGUCUGUCAUCGAGAGUUGCGCCGCGGCCACGCGCAAGAUCGCUCGCUCUACCAAUGCGCCGGACGUCAAGGUGCCAGAGAUCAAGAUCGAAGGUCACCUCGAAACCUCUUUCCCGUACAUCCUUUCCCAUCUCGAAUACAUCAUUGGCGAACUCCUACGCAACAGCAUACAGGCCGUCAUCGACUGGCAUGGCAAGCACGGACAUCCCGAAGACGAGCCGCCACCCAUCGAGGUGACCAUUGCCGAGGCACCGCAGCAUGCCACCAUUCGUAUCUCGGACCGUGGAGGCGGCAUUCCCCGCCAAGAGCUUCCCUACUUAUGGGCGUUCUCAAAGGGGCCACAUAGCCAGCAACGUCUGGCCAACUUAGGCCGUGUGCCAAAGAUGGCGGCCACGAUGCAGGAGCUGCAUAUCGAAGACGACCUCGGGCGCGCGGAUCUCAAAACGCCUCCGUACCAAAGCUCGCUUGCCACCUUGACAAGUCGGCCGCCAGAUCUGCGACUGGGUAUGGGGCUGCCCCUCAGCCGCGUUUAUGCCGAAUAUUGGGCAGGAAACCUUGACGUACAUAGCUUGGAGGGCUACGGCGUCGACGCCUUUCUGCAAAUCUCGAGGCUAGGCAACAAGAACGAGCAGGUCAUAACAAGAGCUAGCAUGGACGCUGUCUAGCAAGCGGGAUUCCCACGAAGUACUUGCAUCAGGGCUACUUUCUUCACUAUUCUCUUUCAAAUUUGAGCGUGGCGUUGGCGUAAGAGGCAAUUAUUUAGGACACUGUUCAAUGCUCAUAUGUCUCAUGU